GCCAAAGAGAUGGUGGACUACAUAGCCGACUAUUUGGAGAACAUCCGAGACCGCCGCGUGUACCCCAGCGUGCAGCCAGGCUACCUUCACAAGCUGCUGCCCAAGGAAGCUCCCCAAACUCCUGAGAAGUGGGAUGAAAUCUUCAAGGAUGUUGAUGAGCAUAUUAUGCCUGGACUGGUGCACUGGCAGAGCCCUCACAUGCACGCGUACUUCCCGGCGCUGACCUCGUACCCCUCCAUCAUGGGGGAGAUGCUGUCCAGCGCUCUGAACGUACUCUGUUUCACUUGGGCAUCCUCUCCCGCUGGUACGGAGCUGGAGACGAUAGCAAUGAACUGGCUGGGCAAGCUGCUGGGUCUACCUGACUGUUUCCUUAAUGAGAAGAACGAUAGUCCUGGUGGGGGAGUGAUUCAGACUACUGCAAGCGAAGCAACCCUGGUGAGUCUCCUAGCAGCUCGUACGAGGGCUCUGAUGGAGCUGUCCAAGCUGAACCCUGAAGUCCAGUCAGCUGAACUGCUGGGCCAUCUUAUCUGCUACUGCUCUGACCAGGCUCAUUCUUCUGUGGAGAAAGCUGGUCUCAUUGGUCUAGUCCGUAUGCGGUACAUCGAGUCGGAUGAGCACCAGAGCAUGAGGGGAGACCAGCUGGAGAAGGCCAUCGCCAGCGACAAGGAGAAGGGGCUUGUUCCAUUCUGGGUAUGUGCAACCCUCGGGACUACGGGCUCGGUGGCGUUCGACAAUCUCCGUGAAAUCGGACAAGUAUGUGAGAAGCAUGGGGCAUGGCUUCACGUGGAUGCGGCAUACGCAGGCAGUGCCUUCACAUGCCCCGAGUAUAGGCACUGGUUAGACGGCGUGGAGCUGGCGGAUUCCUUCGCCUUUAACCCCUCAAAGUGGCUGAUGGUCAACUUUGAUUGCACUGCCAUGUGGGUGAAAGACAGUACUGCACUUCACAGGACCUUCAACGUGAAUCCAAUUUAUUUGAGGCAUGAAAAUUCAGGAAAAGCGAUUGAUUACAUGCAUUGGCAGAUACCUCUGAGUCGUCGUUUCCGCGCUUUGAAGUUGUGGUUUGUGCUCCGUAACUAUGGUGUUUCUGGCAUACAGAAGCAUAUUCGUGAGGGAGUCCGAUUGGCGCAGAAAUUUGAGGCUCUGGUGCUGGCUGAUCAGCGCUUCGAAAUACCUCAGCCAAGGAACCUAGGAAUGGUAGCCUUCCGCCUGAAGGGCGACAACGCCUUAACUGAGAGGCUCCUGAAACGCCUGAAUGCUCGUGGCUACAUGCACGCUGUCCCUGCCUGCUUCAAAGGCAUCUACGUCAUCCGGUUCACCGUCACCUCUUCCAGGACUACCAACCAGGAUAUCUUGGAUGACUGGAACGAGAUUAAGACUGUGGCUAAGGAGAUCUUAAUGGAUGUCUUUGGCUCAGAGAACGGUAACAUAGUGGUGCCUAAGAAACCUAGGAUCUCGUUGAAGGAGACACGUGAGCUGAACGCCACAUUCGGUACCAGUCUUCUCCUGGCAAACAGCCCCAUGAGCCCUAAGAUUGUUAAUGGCACUCACGCUGCUAUCUGUGACUAUGAACAGGUCCUGACUUCCUGUGCUCAGACUUUCGCUCAACUAAAAAUGGAACCUAAGGAUAGUCCUGAAAUGCGUCGCCGUAUCCGAGGGAUCAAGAUGUGUGGGAAGAAGUUCUCUCUGGACUCCUGCAUGGACAUGGUGCAGGGUAUGAUGGUGGAACAGUCUCUGCCACAGUGUUGUGAAGACGAGAGAGAGGAUACUUCUAACGGAUCCAGUCCCGGUGACAAGUCUUCAAUCACAUCAUCACCACUGACAUCUAUCGGCAUAAUCAAGCAAGAACACUCCGAGACAAACCAACUCCAAGUACCACUAGCGCCAUCUAGGCAAUACAGGUCGAAAUCCGUGGACGUCUCACUCGCUGGCUUGUCGCUAGAUGACGCUAAAAUCACAAUUGACGUUAAAAAUAAUGAAAUAAUUAUCACUCCAACUGGUUCUAAGGAUGUAGCUGAAGAAUUGUCGGCUGCCAAAUCGAACUACAGCGAAAUUGAAGAGAAAUUGAAUAUUGGCGAUAAAAUAACGCAAGCGUUUGAAAAUUUUCAAGAUGGCCUACAAAUGUUGAGUGAGUAUAAGAAUACUGUUGAGAAAGGUGAUGAUUGUAACACAAAGUUGACUAUUAGAGGUCCCGGGAGUUACAUUAAGAGGUUGAUCCAACAGUUUAGUGAGGGUCCCUUCGAGGGAGAGGAUCCUAAGCCUGAAUCUGAGAGGGCCAUGUCUACUCAAACGAUUAAAGACAAAGCUGACGCGAUUUGCAAAAAGUGUUUGCAUUACAAAGGGAAAAUUUCGAAGUAA